AGUAUAGUUGUAGUAUUCUCCAAUCGAUCUGCUUCUUUCUUUUAGCCAUUUCUGUAGCAGUUGUUCUUUGAUCAAGGGAAACCCCUUUUUUUCAUAAUUUUCAGUAGAUUGCUGAGUUGUGUUUUUGGGUUUUCUGAUGUAGGUGAAGACGAAGAGCGGGUAACAAUGUUCACAGACGGCCUGGAUAACAAUGCCCUUAGAUGGGUCAGAGAGGGGACUGGUGGUAAGCAAAGGGAAGUGCCUUUGUCAAUUUCAAAUCAGAGGCCUCGGAUCGACCCAGUGACCAACGUCAGGAACAACGGCCGAGGCUUUGGAUUGCCUCCUCCUGCUAAGUUCAGAAGUGGGCAUUUGCCGUCGGGGGUAAUUCCGGUGUCUCGAGCUAUCCCUGGUGAUGUGGAUGAUAGUGGAUUUGGGUCUGACAUGGACGAGACGACUGAUUCUGAGGAAGAGGUAUACCGGGGGCGGUACUCACUAGAUUCAUCUCCACAGGACGACCGGCGCAUGCCUAAUGGUGUUGCUCACAACAGAUACACCACUCCGGUUCAAAGGCAACCUCGUUACGCCAGUGAAAAUGGUUACUCUGAUUUUAGUUCAUCAAGGGAAGCUGUUCAGCAUAGACAGGGCCAUACAGUGGAGAGACCUGGAGGGGUAGGUGGUAGAUAUUCGGCCGCGCAGCAUGAAUAUACGGAGGAUGAGUCUUCGGAUUCUGCUGCAAGCUCUGAAUUUGCAUCGACACGGCUUGGGAGCAACACUGGCUCCUUGUACCGAGGAGGGACUUGCACUUCAGAAAGCUAUUCUUCCAGUGUUCCUUCACGGGCCAAUGUGGAGAUUACUACUGAAAAGGAAUACCAUGUCAGAGGUGUCAGAGGUAUGCAAAGUAAGAAGCUCUCUGAUGAUGAUGUCCCUAGUGCACCUCCAUUUCGUGGCCCUGUUGUGGAAAUUAGCCAAGAUGCUGAAAAAAUUCAAGCUCGUAGUACACAGGGUACACCAUGCACCACAGAAAGAAAUGAGUCAAACACCUUAAAAAGCAAUAUUUCUGGGGUCUCUGCCCAAGGAAAUACUGGGAAUAGGAUUCCAGAGCAGUCUACGAGUGCUACUGUUGGUGUGGAAGCUACCAUCUCUACUGCUGCAGUACCAGCUCGCCUUCCUACAUUUCAUGCUAGUGGACAAGGGCCCUGGUAUUCUGUGAUCUCUUAUGAUGCAUGUGUUCGGCUUUGUCUUCAUGCAUGGGCCAGGGGCUGCAUGGAAGCUCCUAUGUUUUUGGAAAAUGAAUGUGCACUGCUGCGAAAUGCAUUUGGUUUACAGCAAAUUCUUUUACAAUCAGAGGAGGAAUUGUUGACAAGACGAUCUUCAGACCUUGUCAGUGAGGGAGCUGCACCAAAACCUAAGAAAACGAUUGGCAAAAUGAAGGUGCAAGUUCGUAAGGUGAAAAUGGCUCUGGAUCCACCCACAGGCUGCAGUUUUUCAUCUUUAAGGGCACCAGUGAAAAUGGAAUCUCUUCGACAUCGUGUUUCCAAUUUACAGUCAACUCUCUCUUCUGGAUGGGAAGCACUUCGGAAAAUUCGUGUGGUGCCUCGUGUACCUGCCAAUGGCUCUUUUUCACGUCAUAGCUUGGCUUAUGUCCAUGCUGGCGCUCAAUAUAUAAAGCAGGUGUCUGGACUGCUAAAAGUUGGUGUGACUACACUACGUAACAGUUCAGCAUCUUAUGAAGUAGUGCAAGAAACAUACUCAUGUUUGUUGAGGUUGAAAAGUUCAACUGAAGAGGAUGCUGUUCGGAUGCAACCUGGAUCUGGUGAAACACAUGUAUUCUUUCCAGAUAGUAUGGGAGAUGAUCUAAUUAUGGAGGUCCAGGAUUCCAAGGGAAAGUAUUAUGGUCGAGUCCUUGCUCAGGUGGCUACUAUUGCUGAUGACCCGGGAGACAAGCUUCGCUGGUGGCCUAUUUAUUGUGAACCAGAGCAUGAACUUGUCGGUAGAGUACAGCUCUAUGUAAAUUAUUCAACUAGUCCAGAUGAAAAUGGUUUGAAGUGUGGCUCUGUUGCAGAAACUGUGGCAUAUGACUUGGUUUUAGAAGUUGCAAUGAAGGUUCAAAAUUUUCAGCAGAGGAAUUUAUUAUUGUAUGGCCCAUGGAAGUGGUUACUGACUGAAUUUGCAUCAUACUAUGGUGUUUCAGAUGCAUACACCAAGCUAAGAUAUCUAUCCUAUGUUAUGGAUGUUGCUACACCGACAGCAGACUGUCUCUGUUUGGUGCACGAUUUGCUAUUACCUGUAAUAAUGAAGGGCCACAGUAAGGGCACAUUGAGCCAUCAAGAGAACCGCAUCUUGGGAGAAGUUGAAGAGCAACUUGAGCAGAUUCUUGCUCUUGUUUUUGAAAACUAUAAAUCCUUGGACGAGUCAUCACCAUCAGGCAUGAUGGAUGUUUUCAGGCCUGCAACUGGUUCUGCAUCCCCGGCUUUGGCUCCUGCUGUAAAGCUAUAUACUCUUCUUCAUGAUGUAUUAUCUCCAGAGGCACAGUUGAAACUAUGCAGCUAUUUCCAGACUGCUGCAAGAAAGAGAUCAAGGAGGCACUUGGCAGAGACAGAUGAAUUUGUUACCAACAAUAAUGAAGGAACCUUGAUGGAUGCUGUAACUCUUUCUACAGCUUACCAGAAGAUGAAAUUUCUUUGCUUGAAUAUUAGAAAUGAAGUUUUCACUGAUAUAGAAAUCCAUAAUCAGCAUGUUCUUCCCAGUUUUAUAGACCUCCCAAAUAUUUCUUCAUCCAUCUAUAGUGUGGAGCUUUGCAGUAGAUUACGUGCAUUCCUUGUUGCAUGUCCUCCUACUGGUCCAUCACCUCCUGUUGCAGAUCUUGUGAUUGCAACAGCAGAUUUCCAAAGGGAUCUUGCUAGUUGGAACAUUAAUCCUGUCAAAGGAGGAGUUGAUGCAAAGGAGUUAUUCCACUUGUAUAUCAUCCUCUGGAUUCAAGAUAAACGCCUUUCAUUGCUCGAGUCCUGUAAAUUGGAUAAGGUAAAAUGGUCUGGAGUUAGGACACAGCAUUCUACAACUCCAUUUGUUGAUGAUAUGUAUGACCGGCUAAAAGAGACUAUGAAUGAGUAUGAGGUCAUCAUUUGCCGCUGGCCCGAGUACACGUUUGUUUUGGAGAAUGCUAUUGCUGAUGUUGAAAAGGCAGUUGUGGAGGCUUUGGAGAAGCAGUAUGCUGAUGUUCUAUCACCAUUGAAGGACAAUCUGGCCCCAAAGAAAUUUGGCCUGAAAUAUGUCCAGAAGCUUGCUAAACGUUCUGCAAGCAUGUACACUGUCCCUGAUGAGUUGGGAAUUCUUUUGAACUCCAUGAAGAGAAUGCUCGAUGUACUUCGGCCCAGGAUAGAGACCCAGUUGAAGUCAUGGGGUUCUUGUAUCCCUGAUGGUGGAAGCGCAGUUCCUGGAGAGCGUCUGAGUGAAAUUACAGUGAUGUUGAGAGCCAAGUUCAGAAAUUACCUGCAAGCAGUUGUGGAGAAACUUGCAGAGAAUACAAGAGUGCAGAGCACAACAAAACUGAAAAAGAUCAUCCAAGAUUCAAAGGAGACAGUUGUAGAAUCAGAUGUUCGAAGUAGAAUGCAACCCUUGAAAGAGCAACUAACAAAUACAAUAGAUCACCUCCAUACCAUCUUUGAGACUCAUGUGUUCAUAGCAAUCUGCCGGGGCUUUUGGGAUAGAAUGGGACAGGAUGUUCUUAGUUUUCUGGAGAAUAGGAAAGAGAACAGGUCCUGGUAUAAGGGUUCACGUGUUGCAGUUGCUAUCCUGGAUGAUACUUUUGCAUCACAGGUGCAGCAAUUGCUUGGGAAUGCACUACAAGAAAAAGACCUGGAACCACCAAGAUCAAUCAUUGAAGUGCGCUCAAUGCUGUGCAAGGAUGCUCCAAACCACAAGGACAACAGUUACUACUAUUAGAUCACAAGAUAUGUAUAUAUGUUCCAAAGAAUAUCAGUUUUCAAAAGAGAUCAUUAAGAAAAUGAGUUCUUCCAAUUUUUUGUACAGGGAGAGAACAGCUUGGGUUAAAUUGAUUAAGGGUUACCCUCCUAAAUGGUCCUUGAUGCAGGCGCCCAUCCUUGGCAGCAACAGUCCUGUUUCUCUUUUUGCCCCCUUGAUAUUUUAUCCUCAACACAAAAUAUUGUAGAGCACUGAAACUGAUCCUGCCAUUUGUGUUCUCUAUAAUCAAAUGUCAUUUAUACAUUCUCUAUAAUGAAAUCAAUAGUUUUUUUCUAGUCAA